AUGAGAUUUUUUAUUGGAAAAACUUUUUUAAAUAUAUUACUUAUUUUUUUAUUAAAUAUUUAUAUGUUUCAAGGAUUAAUUGAAAGGAAUAAGGUAAAAUUUUCAAGAAUAUUAAAUGAAAAGAGAUUUAAAAAAAGUGAAUAUUUUAAAUUCAAACAGCAAUAUGGUAUAAGUAGUAGAUUUAAAAAUUAUCACCUUUUUAUUAAUAAUUGGGAAGGGAAAAAAAAUAAAAGAAGUUAUAAGUUUAAAAAACACAAGGUCUGUUCUAUUUUUUCCAAUUUUAUGAAAAAAAAAAAUGAGGAAAAUAAAAAAGAAAGCAAGAAAAUUUUAGUUAAUGAAAAUGAAAAUAUUGAUUCCAAAAUUAUAAAUAGUAAGGAAAAUAUAAUAAAUAAUGAUGAAAAAAAAAAUAAUUUAGUUCAUGAUUUACAUGAAAAUAAAAUUGAUACAAAAAAUAAUAAGUUAUUAAGACAAGAAGAAAAGUUGAACGAAGAAAAUGAAAAAAAUUCUGAUAAUCUUAAUAAGGAAAAUAAUAGAAAUGUUAUUAACAAUAACAGUAUAUUAAAAGAAAAUGUAAAUAGUCAUAAUAAAAAUAUAAUGAUAAAUUUUAAAGAUAUUGAUAUAAAUUCAAAUAAAAUUCUUAAAAAUAUUAAUAGUUAUAAAAAGCAUUUAGAAAUUUUAAAUGAAAAAUCUAUAAUUUCACUUAAUAAAAUUUUUUGUACCUAUACUAAAUCCUUAGAUGAGAAUGAUGAUUUCAAAUAUUUCUUUGAAAAUAUAUUAAAAUAUUUGGAAACAAAUUUUCAUAAUUAUUCAUUGAUAGGAGAUAUAGAAAAAUUAAAUAAUGAGAAAACAAAGAAAGAAUAUAUAUUAAAUAAUUUGAAUUAUUUUAUUGAAGUUAUUAAUAUGGUUGACGAACAACUAUUCAAUAUUUUAGUUUUUAAAAUUCAAUUUUUAAAAUUAAAAGCUAUAAAUGAAAUAAGGAAUAUCAUUUCUAAUAAAAAAUAUAGUACAGAUUACAUUGAAUAUUCUAAUAAUAUUAAUAAUGUAGUAGAAAAAUAUAAAGAACAAUUAAAAAAUUUAUAUCCCAAAAAUUAUGAAUUUAACUUAUAUAAUAAAACUUUGGAAAAUUAUGGUUUAUCACUAGAAUCAUGUUACAAACUACCUAUAAAUAAAUAUAAAGAAUUUAUUGACACAAAUAUAGAAUAUAUAAACAAAAUUUCUCAAGAUUUAACACAAAAAAAAAAAAAAAAUUUAUAUACAGAAAUAGAAAGAAAUAAGAAUUAUCAGAGUAUAAUGCAAAUAAUUGAUAAUCAACAGAAACAAAUUGAAGUUCUACAAGAACAAUUAGAAUCAUCUGUAGAAGGGAUAAAUGGAAAGUAUAAUCCUUUUCAUUGUGCAAUUUCUUAUAGAAUACCUGACACAAAUCUAAAUAUAUCUACACAGUAUUUAAAAGGAAAAGUAAAUAUAAAAUUAAAUUGUAUUCCUGAUGAUUCGCAACAUUUAUUAGGAUCAUAUGGAUUUGUUAAAUCAUUACCAUUUGGUAAUCUUGGCUUGUCUUUUUCUUUAAACUUUUAG